AUGGGUUGUGUAGCUCUCAACAAGAAUUCAAGGAUAGCAAAGAUUCCACUUGGUCCGAUAGACUCAUCUACUUCUAUAGGCGUACAGAUUCAAUACUAUAAUGGUCAAGAUCCGUCUAAUUUAGAAAUAGAUAAUCUCUUCACAUUACCUUUUAUCAAUAAGGGUUUUGGGAUAUCUACUUAUCCAACAAAAGCAGCUACCCCACUAAUGAAAUCCUACUCCCAAAUGGCUGAUCUAAGAAAAAUACUUCGAAUUUUUAAAUUGGAAGAUAAACCGAUGGAUUAUCCUAAUAUUUAUAGCUCACCAUUCCAAAUAUUUAAACAAAUCAAAUCCUAUUUUGAUCCACCCAAUAAUUCUAAUAUUACAGUCUUUCAAUACAUCAGUGGUAUGGAGCCUUCAGAUGCAUAUUUUGUUGGAACAAAUCCGAAUCAGCUAAAUAUUUUCCUUAAUUAUACUAUUAAUCCAAUUAGUUUACCAUUAGGAUUGAUUACCUAUAGCAUUGGUCCACAGCUCGGAUUCAAUGUGAGUCAAAUUUCUAUUCAAAGAUCAGAAAUUUAUGGAGGUGGUGUAUCAGGAAAACUUUCUUCUUCCAAUCUCCUUAAAUUUCCUAUAACAUCUUCAGUACCAAAACAACCGAUCACAUUUAACAAGAUAGAAUCUAUCAAAGUUUCACCAACAACACAGUUACUUCGUAUUACUAUAACCUCGGUUUAUCCUUUGGCAGUUGUUUUCAUUGGUGAAGUUAUCAAUCCAAAGUUGAUUUCUGGUAGCAGAAUCAAUGGAGUAUUUGAAAUGGAAGUUCAAACACAAUAUUUCCAAUUUGGAUAUCAAAUGGUAUUCACCGAUAGUUCUGGAUUUAAUUCAGUGUUAUACUAUUCUCAAGCAUACAACUCUGAUUUCUCAGUGUUACCAUCCGAGUUAAAGUUUGAUAAAAAUGAAACAUUUGAUUUAACUACCAUUCAAACUAUUAAUUUUACCAACAGAAUCAUGAACUACAAUUUAAAUUAUUUACCAAUCAAUAAUUCAGUGGUUUUUUCAACAACUCAACAAAAUCCAGAUUUAAUUCCAACAAUCGAUUUUGGUAAUUCAAAUGUAUUCAAAGGUAUAUUUGACCCAUAUAUACAAAGCUAUUCAAUCAAUUUCACUGUACCACCAUUGGUAAUUUCUGGAGAUUUCUAUUAUACAAUUGGAUUAUCAGGAUUUUAUAUUCAAUCGAGUGAUUUACGAUCCAAGUUUGGUGGUUUUGCAAGUCUAAAGAUAUCAAAUUUACUGACAUCUUUACAAUUAGCAAAUGACAUUAUGAAACCAUUGCUAACUAAGUUGAUAGCAGGUUCAUCUAUCAAGUUAUAUGGAUUUUUAAAUUGGAAUCUGACUAUUGAAGAUUCACCGAAUGGAUUCUUAUAUGGAACAGAAUCUGUUGGAAUCGUAGUUCCAAGAUGUCAAUCAACCGACAAUUGCCUAACCGACAAGUUAAUAAGAUUAUAUAAGCGCAACAAGAACUCAAUAAACAAUUCAUAA